AUGGCGAAUACGGGGGGACCGAAUGAGUGGAAGAGAAGGGUGCUAGCCUCGGCGGUCGAUACCGUGAUACUAUAUGGAUGCGAGGUGUGGGGAAGAGUAAUGAAAACAAAAAAGGCCAAGGACGUGGUUGAUAAAGUCCAGAGGAAAAUGUCCUUAAGUAUAGCUUCGGCGUAUAGGACAGUAUCCAAUAAGGAUCUAUUUGUAGUGGCCCGCGCACCUCUGCUGAGGCUAAGGGUCUGGGCGAGGCAUGAAAGGAAGAAUAAUAAAGACGUACUAAAUGCAUGGGAAGAAGAGUGGGAGGAACGAGAGUCGUGGACGAAGGGACUGAUAGACAAUCUAAAAAGCUAG